UGCGGAGCCUUCUCUCCGGCUCCGACCCGGGACGCAGAGCCGAGGAGGCGGCGGCGGCGGCGGCAGGGCAGCCAUGGAGGCGACGGCGCGGAGGCGGCAGCACCCGGGAGCGGCGGGCGUGCAGCCGGGCGCCUCCUUCCUGCAGGCCAGGCACAGCUCCAUCAAGGCUGAGGAGGCCACCGGCACGGCUCCCUUUCACCUUGACCUCUGGUUCUACUUCACCCUGCAGAACUGGGUUCUGGACUUUGGCCGCCCCAUCGCCAUGCUGGUGUUCCCUCUCGAAUGGUUCCCGCUCAACAAGCCCAGCGUGGGGGACUACUUCCACAUGGCCUACAACAUCAUCACGCCCUUUCUCCUGCUCAAGCUCAUCGAGCGCUCGCCUCGCACCUUGCCUCGCUCCAUAAUCUACAUCAGCAUCAUCACCUUCAUCAUGGGCGCCAGCAUCCACCUGGUGGGCGACUCCGUGAACCACCGCCUGCUCUUCAGUGGCUACCAGCACCACCUGUCGGUCCGCGAGAACCCCAUCAUCAAGAACCUGAAGCCGGAGACGCUGAUCGACUCCUUCGAGCUGCUUUACUACUAUGAUGAGUACCUGGGCCACUGCAUGUGGUACAUCCCCUUCUUCCUCAUCCUCUUCAUGUACUUCAGCGGCUGUUUCACUCCCACCAAAGCCGAGAGCUCAAUGCCAGGGCCGGCCCUCCUCCUGGUGGUGCCCAGUGGCCUGUACUACUGGUACCUGGUCACCGAGGGCCAGAUCUUCAUCCUCUUCAUCUUCACCUUCUUCGCCAUGCUGGCCCUCGUCCUGCACCAGAAGCGCAAGCGCCUCUUCCUGGACAGCAACGGCCUCUUCCUCUUCCACUCCUUCGCCCUCACUCUCCUGCUGGUGGCGCUCUGGGUCGCCUGGCUGUGGAACGACCCUGUGCUCAGGAAGAAGUACCCAGGCGUCAUCUACGUCCCCGAGCCCUGGGCCUUCUACACCCUCCACGUCAGCAGCCGACACUGAGUCCCUGGCCUCCGCCCCUGGUGCUCUCUCGGGCAGGAGACGGGCCACAGAGGGUGUCUGAGCACAGGGGGGGUGUGUACAUGUGCGUGUGUGUGCGUGCACAUGGGUGUGUGUGCGUGCGUGUAUGUCCGCCCACGUGUGUGACCGCACCUGAGAACAUGAGUGAGUCCACCUUGUGCGCACGGAUGGGUGUGUUUGUGUGUGCCUGUGCGCGUGCGUGGGGUACACCGCCAGGAAACCCCAUUGUGCUGGUCCAGUUUCUGUUUGGUUUGGACCUUUUCAAGCUGAGAUUUUGUUUUAGGCCAAGGUGUGGGCACUGCCUUCCCUCCCGCUCUCACUGCUCAGGGCUGACCGCUUCUUCCUCGGACGUUCUCUGAGACCCGUACAGGAGAGGCCUGGGGAGGGCAUUUGGCGUGCCACCCACCGUCUGGCCCACUCCUCAGGCCCACCCUGACCCCGGCAGCCAGAUUACACAGGUUACGGGGACUUUCUGUGUAUUGCUGAGUAAUCACGCCCCUUCUCUGGGCUUCAUUGGCACUAGAUGGGCCAAGGGUUCCGAAGUGGGUCGGGGGGGCUAGGUGCAGUCUCCUCUCGGGCAGCCUGGGGAUAGAGUAGUUCUAUCCUGUCACUGUCCUCGAACCCUGAAAGGGAUAGGUGCACCCCGGGCCCUCAUCCCACCUCAGGUUGCCUGGGGUGCUGAGCCACCCAACCCUGAGGGUCGGCAGGCCAGCCUACUCCCCUAACCACCAGCCAGAUUGCUGGUCUGGCAGUGAUCGCCCAGCCAGCUCGGCCUCCCUCCUUUGCCUCCAGGAGAAUUGUGGCCCCACUGCAGCAGCCUGACUGCGGGCUCUGAGCUGCAGCUGAGGCCCAAGCUCGCACACUGGCGCUGUUCUCUGAACUCCUGCAGGGGGUGGGGGUGGGGUUGAGCUUUCUCCAGGCAGCCUUGUCUGGGUCUGAAUCUCAGCCUUCUGCCUGGGCCCUUCUCCCAGAAAAGGGAGGCCUCAUCCCAGCAGGUGUCCCCCUUCUCCCAGGCACUGCAAACGUCACACAGCGGCAGCCUCACAGCCCCAUCUCCAGCCAGCACUGGCCCACGUGUACCUGUGGGUCUCGAGGGGGCCUGCCUUGCUUUCCCCAGACCUGCCUCCUCUCCUGUGUUCUCAGGGAGCCCCGUGCCUCACAUUCUCCUUUCAUGGUGGGGUCCCUCUGAAGCCCCCCAGAGGUCCCCCAGCCUCGGGUCAGUCCCUGUCUGCGGCAGCAUCAGGUGGUGAGAGGUGUGAAUAAAGGCCGUGUGGAAGCCAA